AUGCAGCAAAUGGAUUUCUGUGUCGUCUGUGCUGAACUGGAAGAGCUGAGGCAUUUUCUCAGUCCAACACCAGAGACUUCUGAGAAUGUGGAUGUGAAUAUUCCUUCUGACAAUGUGGCAUCUGUGGGCAUGUGUGGAGAGGCUGCUUCCUUUACGAUCUCUCUUCGUACAGUGGACAACAUCACAGUUAUGAUUCAACUGAGACCCAGUGUUUCACCAAGCUGUCAAAUUCGUGUUAAAAAUGUCAUCAGGUCUGAACUCAAGAUAAAGCCUGGGGAGAAUGUGACUUUUACCUUCACUUGUAGCACUCCAGAGAAGUAUUUCGUCAUGGAAAUUCAGAAAAAUAUUGACUGUGUGUCUGGCCCAUGUCCCUUUGGAGAUGUUAAUCUUUACCCACUGGGGCUACCUCGGCUUAAUAGGACUUUCAUCUGGGAUGUGAAGGCGAGUACAAAGGCUGGACUUGAACUGAAAUUUUCUACUCCGUGGCUAAGACAGAUUGAACCAGGAGAGACGUGCCCAGAUUUCGUUAGCUACAACAUCAACAGCUGUAUUGAUAUGGCCACAGUCAACAUUGGCACCUUCUGCAGGAACGGCUCGGUGUCUCGUGUCAAGCUGCUGGGAGGAGUCGUCAUGUCUCUGCACCUCCCAUGGGACUCACCUCUCACCACCUCAGGCUUCAACAUAGCUAACAGGGCUUCCAUAAAACGGUUAUGCAUUAUUGAAUCCAUUUUGAAGGGGGAGUCUUCAGUCACCCUGAUGUCCCCAAACUACCCGCUGGGCUUUCCAGAAGAUGAGCUCAUGACUUGGCAGUUUGUGGUUCCUUCCAACAUGAGAGCGAGUGUGUUUUUCCACAACUACAGCCUCUCCAACUGUGAAAGGAAAGAGGAGAGGGUGGAGUACUACCUCCCCGGCUCCUUCAGCAACCCAGAGGUGUUCAAGCUAAGUGACAGCCAGCCUGCCAAUAUCGCUGGCAGUUUCAACCUGUCCCUGCAGGGCUGCGAUCAGGAUGCCCAGAACCCAGGCAUCCUCCGCUUGCUCUUCCAAGUCAUCGUUCAGCAUCCACAGGUUGAUGAGAAUGUCACCCAUUUGGUCGACCUGAGCAAGGAGUGGAAUAUGACUGUGACGAUACACUUUGAAGGAUGGCCCAGCCACAUCCCGCUCAUGUCUCAACCAAUAUGUCUGAUCUGUAAGGAUCCUCGCACCUGCGACCGUGUCUUGACUUUAGUGUCUGGUGCUGUCUACAAGAUCUCCUUUCUGUGCAAGGACUUGUCCCGUCUGAGGAUCACAGCUGAAAAAGGCAUAAGUUGUGUCGAUCUUCGGUGGUGUCAGAGGAAGAUCUAUUCCCUUUCAGUGCCCAAGGCUAUUACCCAAUUGCCGAUUCAACUGCAUAAGUUUAUUUGGAAGCUCUUGGCUCCUGAUCUGAUAAACAUAGAAAUUACAUCUCCGUCCUUGAAACUUCAGCAACACGUCCCAGAGCAGAGGUGCAACACAAGCUAUAGUUAUGGCAUUGUUAGUGCCACCCCAGAGACGGAGUUGAAUGUUGGUGUAUUCUGUCCUGGUGGAUCCAUUGAAAAGAUUCAGAUGAGGAACAAUAUCACCAUAUCCUUAAAAACAUUUGGUAAAGGAUUCCUCAAUGAGUCUAACCAGCAGGAUCUGAAAAUGUCUUUUGUGCCACAUAUUAAAGAUGAGUGCACUUUCACUCUGAGUCCAGAUCCAAAAGCCAAAGUUUACUUGCAGACUCCCAAUUGGCCAUAUGGUCUGCCUCCUUACGUCUCCAUAUCCUGGUAUGUCAUUGUGCCCAGCAAGCAAGUUGGCCGCCUCGAAUUCUCCAAGGACCGCAUGGGCAUUGCUUGUGAGACAGGCCGUGCCUAUGUCAACAUAAAGGAAGAGGCUUUGGGGGCAGAGGAAACUGUGCGCCGUGAGGAUGAGCUUCUGCCCAAACCCCGAAAUAUGUACCAUAACUUCUGGGUAAAUGUUUCCAACUGUAAACCUGUGGAUAAGACGCAGCUGACCUUGCAGUUCUGGGUAACUUUCGCUGACAAGCAGAUAGACCUAGGAUUGAUACUUGCUGUGGUGGCUGGGGCUGGAGUUCUCACGGCUAUUGGACUGACUGUGUGCUGUGUUAAGAAGAAGAAGAAGAAAAGCCAGAAUCCCAUGGUGGGAGUGUACAAUGCUAACGUGAACACCCAGGUGCCUGGAAAACAAGGCUUAUUCACAAAAGGGAGGAAAAACAACGAGUCUCAUGUCUAUGCCGUUAUUGAUGAUGCUAUGGUCUAUGGGCACUUGCUGAAGGAAUCCAAUGGCUCAGUCACUCCAGAAGUUGAUGUGUACCGGCCUUUUGAUGGACCCAUUGGUAGCUUGCCACCUUCUCCACCUCCACUCUCCUUCAGGAAAGACAUUAAAUGCUCUUCUAACACUGAGGAACUUCCAACUCUGACAGACACAGACCAUGACACUUACACAUUUGCUCAUCAGAAAUCAGGGCAAUCAGAGGACAAUGAAGAUAUGAAUGAAAAGAAUAAUGGAGAUACAAACAUGUCCUUGCUGGAAAAUAAGGAACAGGAUGGUUUAGUGGGGUAA